AAUGCAAGAGACAUUACUAACGCUUUGUUCAGGCAAAGGAACGGGCCAUUCUGAGUUUUACGAAUUCUUCCAUCGUUUUCAAGUUUUGCGCACCUGUACCUACGAACUUGAUGGCCCAUCGUCAGGCUCAACUAUUAGUAGCCGGUUAGGUCCGCGCGCACAACGGACGUCUUCCUACGCCUCCCAAAAUGACGUUCAGCCGCCUCGCGCCGUUGCUUCUGCUAUUGGCACUAUGUAUUGACCACAGCUUUGUGGGAGCCCAGCGAAAAGCUGUUCGGGAAGGCAAGGAUAGUAUCUCGGCAGGCAAACCACCGCUGCCGCUCACUCCAGCCACCGCGGUGCCGUCGCGGGUAGCAACGAAGCCCUCGUUCGUGGUGGUGCUGGUGGACGACUUGGACCAGCUGCUGAAUAGCACAGACCGCACCUACCUGCCGCUGCUGCACUCGCUGCUGGGCGACCAGGGGCUGCGCCUGCGCAACAUGGCCAUCUCCAGCUCCACCUGCUGCCCCUCGCGCACCUCGCUGCUCACCGGGCUGUUUACACACAACCACGGGAUCACGGCCAACCUACCGCCAUACGGUGGCUGGUCCAAGUUCCUGACCACGCGCCCCGACGACCAGAGCGACACGUGGAUGCCUUCACAGCUGCAGAAGGCGGGGUACAACGUCUACUCCAUUGGCAAGUUUCUCAACGGCUUCGCGGUGGGCCCGGGUUCCGUGUGCCCACGUGGCUUCACGGUCCUGGACGCGCUCGUGGAUCCAUACGUGUAUUCGUACUUUGGCCCGGGUUUCAGCAAGAACUGCGGCACCGUACAGAAGUACGGCGACUCAGACUACAGCACUGACGUCAUACGGGAUAAGGCCAUUGGGUACCUGAGGGAGGCGGUGGCGGCGGGACAGCCCUUCUACAUGCAGGUGAACCCCAUCGCUCCGCAUGAGCGCUGCAAGGACUCCGAAGAGGGCGGCGGCGGGCGGCUGGCCUGCGACAACGCCAUCCCCGCGCCGCGGCACGCCUACCUGUUCCGCAACGCCAGCCUGCCCCGCUCUGCCAACUGGAUGACACCGCUGCCUGAGUCGUUCAGGGCCGCGGUGGCCGCGUCCACGGACUCCGUACGGAGCGGCAAGGAGCUGGGCGCCGUGCAGUCCAGUCUGCAACUGAACACCGCUUACCGGCAGCGGCUGAGGGCCAUGGCUUCAGUGGACGAAAUGCUCGGAGACAUUGUCCAAGAGCUGUCGGCCCAGGGUGUGCUUGACAGCACACACAUAAUCUUCACAUCGGACAACGGCUACCACAUGGGCAACCACAACUUCGGGCAGGGCAAGACGCUGCCCUACGAGGAGGACGUGCGAGUGCCCUUCUUCAUCCGGGGUCCCGGCCUGCCGCGGGGGUUGGUCAGCGACUAUCCCACCACAAUGGUGGACGUGCCCGCAACCGUGCUGGCCCUGGCAGGCAUCAACCUGCCGGGCGGCAUGGACGGCUACCCCAUCCCCUUCCACCGCAUCAUGCCCACCGCCUACGCACCGGCCCUGGGCGCCAAGGCCUACGACGUGCCCUCCGCGGGACUGGUCCCGGGCGGGCGGCCCUACAUGCGCGACAACACACCCAUUGAGAUGUGGAUCCAUACGCCGGGCGCGCCCAUGAACGGCGUCAACUUCCGCAGCGUGCGGGUGUGCACCUCCUACUUGGCCUUCGGCACGCCGGCCACCUACCGACAGGCGAUGGCGACAGCCAGCCGCAACGGCAGUCGCGCCGGCUCACACAUAGGCCUGGGAGACCUCCUGUUCUCCGCGGGUGACCGUACGACCGCUGGCGACGCCUUGGGAGUUGACCUGGAUAUGUACGCCGUGGGCAGUGGCAGCAGUAGCAGCAGCAGUUCGUCAAGCGUACGAGACCGGAGCGGCAGCAGCGGAAGCCGGGCUGCCGCGGACAGCGGCAGUAGCAGUAGCAGCAGCAGCAGCACAGGAAUUACAGGCACAUGCUACAAGUACAACAACUGGUGCUUCGGGAUCCGGGAGCUGUACGACCUGGGACUGGAUCCAGCCGAAGUGAACAACAGGUAUUCGGACCCGCGAGCCGCCCGGCUAGUCCAGCGAUUGGAAGCGUUGCUGUCGGUGUUGGCCUAUUGCAAGGGCGACCGGUGCCGGGAGGCAUACGGUGCCAUCGUGGGGCCGGGCCGCGUGCUGGGGUUCGCGGAUCUCAUGGAUCCAAGUUACGACAGCCAGAUCGCCGCGCUGCGGAGGUUUGAGUUCCAAGGGUGCAGUCCCGAGAAGCUGGACAAUGAGCUCACGUGGUAUCACGGAGGCUAAGAUAGAAGCGGUCUACCCGUAUUGAGCUAGAGUUCUAGCAUCCAAGCCAGUUCUGUAGUUGUAGCAACGCGCUAGCUAGUGAGCAUAGUUCCGGCCACGGGUCAAGCAGGGGUGAUUAUGCCGGGCAGGGUGGGCACAGCCAGGGUGCGGUGUUUACACUAGUCCAAAAGCGUAGGUUAGGUGCAUACACGCAAGGUACGCCGCUGACUGGGCUUUGUAGGACGCAUCCCAGGGGUCACAUACCCACUCACCCAACACCGAUACUACACACCGUGCCCUCUCAGCAUGGAAAGCUGCCACGGACAUUGCAUCAUGUCAUUCAUGUAGGUCGUUUGCAUGGUAUGAUUGCGUUGUCACAAGAGGGAACGACGGUAUAUGUGCAUUGCGUGCAUUGAUGUGUUGUUUAAGAUGUCUUCGUUGUGACCUGCAAAUCCAUAAUGGCCAUGCAUGGGCAUGCAUCGCGCGGUAGUUGAGGGUAUGGUACUUAAGAGCUGCAUGAAGACGUGUGGGCGUGUGCGCAUGUGUAUUGUGUCCGAAACAUACAGGCUCCCUCGUGUGAUUUGAUGGAAAUCUCGACACUAAUGCUGAUUACAGGUGUUUCUAAUCCUAUGGUAGCACGGGAAUGUUGCACUUUAGACACCUCGGCACACGCCGCGCGCAAGCGUGUGUGCCAUUAAGUAUGAAAGAAGUGUGAGGAGACUUGACUUCGCAGGACGUGCCAAUUGAAACAGAUGUUUGUUGCUAGUGCUGCGUGCAAUGACAAGAGGUGUGUGAUGAGCGGAGCCGCAACUCCCAAGGGCGCGUUGUCCAGGUCCCAGGCUGGCACUGUGAAGACGUGAGUGGAGGCGGUACUUGACGCGGUCAAUGAUGUGCUUGCACUCCGCAAGCGUUGCAUUCACUCUCCCUGAUUGUUGUGUCGCAUUCAUUCCACUGAGGCACCGGCGUGGCUCUAGAUAGACCAUAUGCGCCUGUGACCUGCCGUCGUUCCAGGUUUCGAAUGUGGCAAUGUGCAGAGCUACGCUCCUCGCAGCCCGCCUUGAGCGGUGACCUCCCUGAGCGGUCUCUCUGAGCGCGGCCCGUUCGUGCCGUGGGCUGACCCGUGUUCUACUGCUCAACGUC